AUGGAAUUAGAGGAGAGUAUAUCAGACUCAAAACUCCACAAGGAAAGUGUCAGUAAGAAGGAGUUGCGCCCAUUAAGCGCCGUGUCAUAUUCAAGGUCUGAUCAUGGACCCGAAACAACGUCGUCUAUUGAACAACUGAAGCAAUACAAGAGCUGGGUUAGCAACGAGCGGUGGAAUGAGCUAAAGAAGAUAGCGGAUACCGCCAUGAAAGAGCGCAAGGUGUUCAUGAUAAAGGGCGGCGGAUUUCCGGCUAUCCGUCGAGCGUUGCUGAAACGUGGUUGGAUCGAAAAAUAUGAAUCACAUAAGGUUCGUCACCCACCAGCAAACGUUGAGUUGAAAAAAGUUACCGAUAAAGAGCUGACCAAAGUUGAAAGAAUGAUAUUAUACAAGUUCAUGGAACACCAUUCGGUCGAUUUUCUUUGGACUUCUAAAAGAGACAAAUAUGAUUGGUUGUUGAGCAAUAAGGAGGUCAUAAUAAGCAGGUUCAGCAGAUCUAUAUUCACAACAAAAGAAGGUUUGACCACGUCACUUACUCAAAUGCAUUGGUACACAGAGCCCGGUAUAGCGUUAACAAACUUUCCACGUUGUUACAACAUUUAUAACUCCGAUAAUUUAGAAGAGUUCGUUGAGGAUUUUCGAAUAACAGCUUGUAUUAGUAUUGUAAAAUGGUUUUCUAGCUUAAUGCUUAACAAUAAAGAAACAGAAUUUAUAACAAACCAAGGGAAAGUGCCAUUUAGUGCCAUAGAAUUUGCCAUUAGCAGAAUUAACGAAUAUGUUACAUUCUGCACUCACAAAGACAUAGACGACUUAGAGGAUAAAGUUCCACACAUUUGGGAACAUGAAUGGGACCUAUUCCUCACGCAUCAUUAUCUUUUAGUACACGAAAAGGCAAAAUUUGUGGAUGAUCACAAUGUAAACAUAAGGCAAUUAGAAAAAAAGGCGUCAAAAGUUUUAGCUGCAGUAACGAAAUUCUGGCCACAGAUAGACAUUGACGGAUUCUUAAACAUUUGGAUCGUUAAACCUGGUAACAAGUGUCGUGGAAAAGGCAUUCAACUAAUGAAUAAUAUUAAGGAUAUAAUCGGACUCAUUAAUAUUCCUGCCCAAAAAAACAGAUACGUUGUACAAAAAUAUAUCGAAAACCCACUGGUUAUAUACAAUACGAAAUUUGAUAUAAGGCAGUGGUUUCUUAUCACAAAUUGUCAACCACUGACUAUCUGGAUAUAUAAGGACAGCUACUUAAGAUUCAGCUCACAAAUAUUUAGUUUGUCAAACUAUCACGAGUCCGUACAUCUAACUAACAACGCGGUCCAAACAAAAUACAAAAACACUGGAGAUAGGGACAAAGCCUUACCUGACGAAAAUAUGUGGGACUGUCAUAGUUUUAAGGCUUACCUGAGACAGAUAGGAAAGUAUGAAUUAUGGGACACGAAGAUAUAUCCUGGGAUAAAGCAGAGUCUAAUUGGAGCUAUGUUAGCCUGUCAGGAAGCAAUGGAUAAAAGGCAAAACAGUUUCGAACUUUAUGGUGCUGAUUUUAUGUUGACCGAGGAUUUUACACCGUGGCUCAUAGAGAUUAACUCUAGCCCUGAUUUAGCGCCAACAACUUCUGUAACAGCUCGUUUGUGUCCCCAGUGCCUUGAAGAUGUAAUCAAAGUUGUACUAGAUCGGCGUCACAACCCUGAUGCUGAUACCGGGACUUUUGAAUUAGCCUACAAGCAAAUCAUUCCUAAAGCACCAGCGUAUCUUGGCUUAUCGUUAUGCAUUAAUGGAAAACGUCUGCUUAAGAAACAAAAAGAGCGGAAACAUGAGCAUAGAAGCGUGACUACAUUGGCACUUCGUUCACUAUCUGGUGAUACCACCGAAGAUCCUCUUCAGCCAGUACCUCCUGAAUACAACGGACCAAUUAUCACAGACUUCCUGACAUGGUUGAACCCUUACGACACUCUACCAACAGAUAAAGACGGCAUUUUGUUAGGACCCAAGGAUUCCCUUACGGUACGCCAAGCAGUAACUGUAAUCAAUACAAAACACGCUCUAAAAUCCGGUUCCAAAAAACGUAAAACGUCCACGCUCUCUUCUAGGACUCGAGGAAGACGCGAAAGAAAUCUAGAAUCUAAACGGCGAGCGUCGCGACAUUCAUGCUGCCGACCGGAGGAAAAUCAAAUAGUUAAACAAAUUGGAAAAUAUCGUACCGAGUCGGCGGCGAGGAGAAUGGACAAGCCAAAAAUCAAUAUGUCGGUUGGUAACAAACGUUGCUAUAUUGAUCCUUUAGAUUGGGAGCAGGAGACGACCAGCAUCUUACGCUCAACAAUUUCUGUUCAAAACAAAGUCACAGCUCGUGCUGAACUCGAUAUAACCCCAAUCAGACAAAUCAAAUCAGGUUUAGUUGGUGCUAAUCAUAAAUCUUUUCUGCAACCUCUAAGUUCACGAAGUUGUAUAAACGAUUCAAAUUCUUUAAAAAACCUAAGCGCCAUCGGUAGGAACAUUUGCAAGCUGCAAGACGAAAACAGAGUUAAACAGAAAUCGAUUUCUUUUUCCAAAAGCUGUACAUCAAUAUACACACCGUAUAAAGUUGUGGUUAUGCCGUUAAAUGACGAGAUUCCUAAAGUAUCAUUAAAUAAAAGCCGUGAAGUAAAUAUUUGUUUAAAAUCGAAUUGUUAUUAA